ACGUGCGUGCAGCCUGCAGGACGACAGUGAAUACACGAAGCUCCAAGUGACAGCAUUUAUUUGUACAGUUAGACUAACCUUCAUCUGUAAAUGCCACUUUAUGUACCAGACUUGCAAGCAUUGGAUCACAAAGAAAAAAUCUGAAAUCUUUUGCUGACCGAUGACCAAAGCUGCAAAAAAUGAACUGUUUGUGUCAUAUGUUUAUUGUACAGCUAUACGGUUCCUAUAUUGUUUAUUUUCUGGAAGAUAUUCUUCUUUCUUGUCUCAAAGAGCAUCAUGACAGGGAAUUGCACUUCAAGAAAAUGAGAGAUUGUCUGCCUUAUUUCAUACCCAUCAAAACACACACACACACGCACCCUUUUACCUACACUGGUGCGCAGCGAAUAGCGGUAUGGUACAGUUAACCAAAAUAUGGCAGUAAUCUGACUAAUAGUCUAGUCUGGUCCUGUGCCUGAAGAAAGAAAUUAAGCAAGCUGUCUCAUACAAUUCAGGAUGAGUAACAGCCAAUAACAAGGUGCAAUCAUUAACAGUUAAACAGGUUGUGAAUCUGAAAUCAAGAAUUUAAAAACUGCGGUUGCUCUUUGUAUUCUGUGCCCAUUCACUUGUUGAUCACAAACUGGUUUACGAGAGGCACAUUUGAGACACAGGCAUCAUUUCAGGCAUUACUGAAGAUAUUCCACUUUUAAGAGGAAAACAAUCUUUGUUGAAUCUUAACGUACUAUGUGUCUUGAAGGCAAAGCUCGUUUCCGUGGGUAUCUUAACAGUAAAUUUGUGGAUUCUGACGCUAACCAUUUAAAAUUGUUUUUUCUCGCCAAUAGUGUCCUAACCCCGAGUUGUUGUCAAGUUCUGCGGGAUGCUGGAUGCCAGUCAUUUGGAUGGGAGGGGAGAACAAGAUGUGCCGGAGAUGUAAUUCUUGUUAGUGUUCCAUGUGGCUAUGAAGAAAAUUAGUCAUUGCUAAGAAUUUGGCGAAGGAAAGAGGCGGAGUACUGAGAAUACUUCUGAGCAAAUCAAGUGUUCUGCCUGCUGCGGUUGCUAGAGGUCUCCACGUAAAUCAAGCAGUAGGGAGCCAAUGAAAGGGGAGUUGGGCGGAGCCCCUGGCGCGUGCCAUUGCAGCUAGCAGUGCCAAGGAACUAGACAGAGCAGCCGGAGGCGACAAAGUAGCUGUCAAAUGCGCGGCUCCUUUAACGCAAGCGAUCAGUCGGGCUCGGCGAGUCAUGGCGACCACAGCGUCUAGUCAUUACAAUCUCCUCGGCUCCAGUGCCUCCAUCUCGCACUCGGAGCCCGGUGGUAUGCAGCAGGGUGCCGCUGCAGCCGCUUAUCGGGAUGCUCAAAGUCUAGUGCAAAGCGACUACGGCUUGCAAAGCAACGGGCAUCCUCUAAGCCACGCGCACCAAUGGAUUGCAGCUCUGUCGCAUGGCGAUGGCUCUCCGUGGGCCAACAGCCCCCUGGGCCAGCAGGACAUCAAGCCGACUGUGCAACAAAGUGGGAGAGAAGACAUGCACGGUGGCAGCGGGAUGCAACAUCAACCCAGGCCGCCUCAUCUGGUACACCAGGCGACGCAUAGCAACCACCAUAGUGCAGGAGCAUGGAGGACGGCGGGCUCAGCAGCGCACCUGUCCGGCAUGACAUCUAACGGUCAGAGUCUACUCUACUCACAGUCAGGUUUCACUGUGAAUGGAAUGAUCAACCCAGGGACUGGCCAAGGACUGCAUCAUCAUGGUAUGAGAGAGACUCAUGAAGAACACCACCCUGGUGAUCACGGACUCCAGCAGCAACAGCCUCAACUCCACCAACAGCAACACCAAGGCCACCUAGACCACUCGGACGAGGACACGCCGACCUCUGACGACCUCGAGCAGUUUGCCAAGCAGUUCAAACAGCGGCGUAUCAAACUGGGAUUUACCCAAGCUGAUGUGGGACUUGCUCUGGGCACCCUCUACGGCAAUGUAUUUUCUCAAACCACGAUAUGCAGGUUCGAAGCCUUGCAGCUAAGCUUCAAAAAUAUGUGUAAACUCAAACCUCUUUUGAAUAAGUGGCUUGAGGAGGCUGACUCGUCCUCUGGCAGCCCGACCAGCAUUGAUAAAAUUGCUGCGCAGGGACGCAAACGCAAAAAGCGCACCUCCAUCGAGGUAAGUGUCAAGGGGGCACUUGAGAGUCACUUCUUAAAGUGUCCCAAACCAUCAGCGCAGGAGAUCACCUCCCUCGCGGACAGCCUUCAGCUAGAAAAAGAAGUAGUGAGGGUUUGGUUUUGUAAUAGGAGACAAAAAGAGAAAAGAAUGACACCUCCCGGAGGGACUCUGUCAAGCGCGGAGGAUGUAUAUGGGUCAAGCAGAGACACGCCGCCCCACUGCGGGGUACAGACUCCGGUGCAGUGAAAAGGUGCUGGAGAACCUUUAGUCCAAACUCUUUUGAUUGCCCUUUCACUUGAUUGUUUGUCUUUUAUCUGCUGACUUAAAAAAAAGCAACUGAGCACUGGACUAUCCUUAACGGUAGCAGGUGUACUAGUGAUGUAUUGUGUCCAAUACAGGGGCGUACCCAUGGCAAUGGAUUGGAGUGAGUAUGUGAGUGAAUAGAUGCAUCAGUAAACACGUCAUGUGCCGAGAUGGGUAUUCUUGGGGAAAUAAGACAGUGGCAAUCACUGAGGCAGUUUCUCUCUGAGAAAAGAUGUUGAGUACCUUUUGAUACAAGCUGUUGGUUUAAAUGUAUAGUCCCAUGGAAAAAAAAAAACAAGCAAAGCAUAGGUUUUAAAAUUCCUAUGAAAUUAGUGUCAAAUGGGAAAAUAUCCGACCUGCUUAGCAAAAGAUGAAGUUUGAUGGAAUGUUCUGUACCCUUAAUAUGAUUGUUCACGCAGCAGAUGAUGCUUUUGCUGCUGAGAAUCAAAGUGGGCAACCUUUUUUUUUUUUACUUUGCGAUUUAGAUUUUUUUUUCAUUUGGUGUUUCCAUAUGGUUGGCAUUAGUGAAAUAACAGAAUGCCAAUAUAUUUGCAAAAUGCAGUCUUUUGAAGGUAUUAUAUUCUGUAAGAUAUAUGUGCUGGAAGAGAGUCAAAACAUUCACUUAUAGCAAGGUCCACCUUGGCAUUUUAAAGUCUGUCCAAAAUUAUCACACCUCAGUUCCCCAUAAGAAGUUCCGUACUACACUAGUAACACCCAUCCUCCCCCCGAAUUACAUCAUGCAUAGGUUUAAGAAAAACUUUGCUCUUGGGAAGACAUCACCUUGCUGAAUCCAUGCAACUUUUGCUUUGUUUAUGCGUACAGCUAGUUAAUGGUCCUGUAGGUAUGCAUUCGCAUACUAUUCCCUUAAGUUCAUCUGUAUCACACAGAAGUAUGAUUACAGUUUUCUACAGGCUAUGUCUGUUUCGCCGUUUUCUACACAGCUGAAUCACACAAACUGUAUAACGGUGCUCUAGUAAAAUCCGCAUUGUGUAACAAUAACUCUUAUUUGCACCACAGGUUAUCUUUCAAAAAACUCAGAAGUGACUACGUAGUAGAUCUACGAAGUGACAUACAUCGUCUGAUGUUUACUGUGGCCAGUUGUAGCUUUACUGUUGACUUUGUUCCCCGUCUCCUUUUGUACAACCUUUUUUUAUUACAUUGUGGACGCAAAGCAAGAUGAAGUAACCCAAGUGUGCAGUAUUUCUCUAUUAAGAAUUCAGAGGUAACCCGUGGACAGAUGUUUUCAUGUAUAAUGCCUGGUGGCUUAUUUCUUACCAGUAAAGAGAAGUCUAAUUCGCACAAAAGUUAUGUGGAUACGAUUAAAGAAGUGAAGAGAAACGGUCUCUCUUAUACCGAAGCCAUAUGAUAACAUGGGUGAUUUCUUUAAUAUAGGAUGCCGAUUUGCCCUAGUGGAAGUAUGAUAAUAAACAUGUAUACUACUGGAAGUUUUGGGGGGGGGGGGGCUACGGCAUAUACUGUCUGACCCCCGUCUUAAAUAAUACUUUAUUCUAGUAACCUAUCAAUAUCUUAUUGGUCUGUCCAACAUCAGGAAAGAAUUAUAUGCAGCCUGCUGUUCUGCAGGUUUGCUAUCCUAUCAGCCAGGUCAGUAAAUACAAAGUAAUAACAGCAAAAUCUUAUUUUUAAGCUAGCAAAUAGUAAUAGUAAAAUAAAUACACAAAUAUUUCCCACCGAGACAAUGUCUGAAAGAGUUUGCAUUCACACUGACAUUUUAUACACUUGCUGACCUGGUCACUACAACAUGGUGAUUAGCUUCUCAUGCUGACACUAAUGAGGGUGAAAGAAUUACAUAAAAUAUAUGCGGUUUAACAUUUGGAUUAUUUCAUUUGAGACAGUUUUAUACACACCUUAUCACUAUGUAUAUAUCUUACAUAUUUGUCUUUGAAAUGCGAAAAAAGGCAUUGUCAAUUUUCGUUUUUUAUGCUACCCAGGGAAAUAUUUUCAUAUAAUUUUAAAGUGGCCUGCCUCAUUGCAUAUUUAUUUCUUUGACAUCUGAAAGGUUCUGGGAAUUGUUUUAUUAUUUUUCAUCAUGUAGCUUUAAAACGUAGGUAACAGAAUCUAUAUGGGAUGUAAUUUUAUUAUGUUUUGGCUUAACUUCUUAAAACAACUUUGUUUUUGGUACAUUUGGACAUGCUUGUGAGGGGAAUCAAAUCGCAGAGAUCCUUAUAUAUUUAUGUUAAAGUAAUAUUUUAUUACCUACAUAAAACAAAAAUGCACAAAUUGGACCUAGUCUGCUGUUCUGUUUGUUGGACUCCCUGUUUUGUUGUUUUGUGUUUUUUUUAAUACAACCGAUGUUUUUACAUCUGCAAAUUACAGAUAACAGUGACACUUUAUCAGCAACUUUUUAAGAUUAUUAAAAUGUAAAUGAUAUUUAUAUAAGCGGUACGUUUUUAUAUUAAGGAUUACAUUUUCAGAAGAAUAAAUUUUAUGUGAAUGCGUUGAAGCCA